AUGGAGAACGACUGCCGACUAUCAACUUUUGAUCAAUACAACAUGCCAAAGCACACCGAGCUUAUGGUCGGUAUACGACUGCCAACUAUCGACAUGACUCGUUUUGAGCUCAACCCGGUUACUAUUCAGAUGCUCAGCAAUAAUUCUUUCUGGGGCAGGCCAAACGAAGACCCGAAUGCACAUCUUACACUUUUCAAGAUGAUGUGCCGCUCGAUCAAAAGAGAGGCCAGGGUGACGGACGAUGACCUCCGUCUACUUGCUUUCCCUUGGACUCUCAUGGAUGUUGCAUUGGAAUGGUUAUAUGAUUUAGCACCUGACUCCAUCCAUACUUGGGAUCAGCUGGAAGAUCAAAGGGAGAGUCUCUACGACGCUUGGAGAAGGUACAAGGGAUAUCAGAAGUCGUGUCCUCACCAUGGGCUCGACAAGAACUACCUGGUCAAUACCUUCUUUCGAGGACUACGAAAUGAUACUAAGACUCUGAUUCGAGCUUCUUGCGGUGGAAGCAUCCAGAACAAGUUAUUUGUGGAGUUUGAGCAACACAUUGAACUGAUGGCUCAAGGAGAGGAUGCUCCGAAUGAAUAUUCUCGGGAUCUACCAAGGAAUGACGACGAUUCUAGCCUUCAGUUGGUUCUUGAUCAGUUGGCAGCACUGAAUGUUAAGUUUGCAAGCGCCAAUUUGAUUUCUACUAAGGAUGCUCUGACACUUUCACAAGAGGGUCUUGGCAUGUAUUCAGUCAAAGAGCGAACCGAGGAUCUGAACUACAUGGCCAACAACAACUGCACGAACUCAUACAAUCCAGAUUGGAAGAAUCAUCCCAAUCUCUCCUACAACAACCCUGCAUCUCCAGGUAACCGCGAUCUGGCUCAAGAUACACAUGCUCUUCUUCAACAGUUCAUCCAGGCGCAAGAGAAGACAACUCAGGAGUUUCGCGUGCAGUUCGAGAAUAUCGAUGCUCAUUUUAAGCUCGUGGAUAAUCAGAUUGCUCAGUUAGCAUCAGUCGUUCAAAGACCAUCUGGGUCUUUUCCAGUUGUAGACAUCCCCGAUGAUGAACUUGAACCGACUUACGUGCCUCCUCCUCCUAGGCCACCACCGGUCCCAUUUCCAUCUCGUUUGAAGAAGCACAACGAAGACAGUCAAUUCGUGAAGUUCGUUGAGAUGUUGAAGAAACUCGAGUAUCUCAAGGACAUCCUGACCAAGAAGAGAGUCGUUGAGAAAGAAACCGUUGCUCUUACUGUCGAAUGCAACACUCUGAUCCAACACGAGCUUCCACUUAAGCGGUCCGAUCCAGGUAGCUUCUCAAUCCCUUGUAAAUUGGGUAAUGUUUCCAUCGAUCGUGCACUUUGUGAUUUAGGAACCGACGUCAGUCUUUUUCCAUUAUCGAUCUUCAAGAAGCUGGACGUGGGUGAGUAA